AUGAAAACAGUACUUUGGCUUGCCUUUUGGAACUUGGGUCUUAUCGCCCUUUCGAUAUGUGUUCUCGCAGGAUGUCGAACAUCAGCCGAGAAGAACUAUGCUCUCAUCCAAUGGCCACGAUCAACGAUAGCUCUUGUAUGGGGAGAAGAGUGCGAAGCAGCGACGGUUGAUAUUAUACCGGACUGGUACAAGUUUGGAGUGUGCAGAGUCACGGAUGGCCAUACAUCCUGCAAGAGCAAAUUCCCUCCAACAUUCAACCUCGCCCAAGCCGUCCUCAAAGACCUCGAUGAAGCCGAAUCAACAGAGACUCUCGAAAAGUGCAAAGAAGCCAUCGACAAGCCCAUAAACCAUAAAACUCCCAAGACUCUCGGCGCAGUAAUGGUUGCGUUCCUUAUUACGUCCAUCUUCAUCAGCGUCUUCUCCGUCGGCAUAGCAGCUGCGGAAGGCAGCGCCUGGGCCCUAUGGACGACUGGUUUACUAGCGAUAGAUAUGUUGCUAAUAUUUGCAAGUCUUAUUCUCUGUGUCGCCAUGAUGAACUACGAGGGAGGUGGAUAUCUUACUGGUGUCCAUGGGCAGGAGUUUUCGGACAGGGCCAUGAUGGGGAUUGCGCUUUGGAUGUUACUCGCCAUGCUCCUUGGCCGACUGUUUUCAAAUCCCUGGUUGAUUAUCCUUUUCAUAUUCAUUCUGGUCACCAUUAUUGUAGUUUCUGUGGUUCUCAUUCGCACGAGGGGCUUCUUUUACGUUGUUAGAACGAUGGCAACUGCAGACUAG